UCGAGGACGUACUAGAGUACAAUGACAUACCUUGCUCGCAGCCACCGCAGUAGCAGGCCAGCUUUCUGAGCUCAUCUAUCUUUUGAAGCACCCGAGAAUUCUCUCGCCUCUCUCACAAUUUUUAUCCUUCCUCGAGCUAGCCUAGUCCAAGAGCAGCAGCAGCAGCACGUCAAGAUCAGAAGCAGCAAGUCAAGAGACAUCCAGCCACUACAACAGAACACCACCAUGAAGCUUGGAAUCAUGAAUGCCCGCCGUGCUACCGUCACCAGCACUUCCAUCCGCAAGUCUUUCUCCUUCGACCCAGCAUCUCAGUCAAUGGCACUUGCGGAACUUGAAGCAAUGGGCAUGGACCAACCAUUGAACCAAGCCCCUUCGCCUGACAAGCCCGUCACACGCAAGAGUGACACCAAGAAGGGCAAGAAGACUGCAGCACUCCCCAAAAGGUCUAGUUCGAAUGGUGCUCCCUCAUCCAACACAGAUCCUGCGGCAAGGUCAAUGGACCAGUGCGAAGUCAACUACAUGUCCUCGGAGGAAAUGCACGAUCUGACAGCUUUCAUGCAAAUUCUGGAACAGCAGAACAAGGGGACCCAAAAGAAAAGGAUCAGAAAGAGCCUCAAACUGCCAGCCGUUUAAUGAUGAGGAUGCGUCGCUACUACAGGGCAACUCGAGGUCGGCCAUGAAUAGGAGAACGAGGAAAGCUCCAAGCACAGAUGAAGAAUCAGAGAGGAUGGACCAAACCUGGUCCCACACAAAGGCUCUUUUGCAUAGUCACCAGCCACAGUUUUGAUAAGAGUAUUGCAUUCAAAGUUUUUGCACUAGACUAGCUG